GAGGGGCAGGGAGGGAUCCAGGGAGGGGAGGAGGGUAAAGGGGUACAAUAAUUCACAUCACAAUCUAAGUUGAUCAUGGGAACUGUUGAACCUCUGUGAUGUUCAUCUGAAACCAACAUAAGAUUGUCUAUUAAUGACACUUUAAUAAAAAACCAUAAAAAUAAAAAAAGAUGAGGUCUUUUGAGUAGGCCCUGAUCCAGUAUGACUAUGUCCUUAAAAAGGAGGAAAUCUGAACACAGAGACAGAUGUGCACAGAGAGGCAGUGUGAAGACCCAGGGAGAAGAUGCCAUCUACAAGCCGAGUAACUCCUGAGAUCACCAGAAGCAAGGAGAGGCCCGGACCGAUCUCCCUCACAGGAACCAACCGCUGACACCUGGCCUCGGACCUCUGGCCUCCAGAACUGUAAGACUCAGGAAGCCAUAUAAUCCCUAAUCCUUCAAAGUACCUCUCAUUAACUAUAGUUCAAUGUUCGUUUAGAUUCUUUCUUAAUAGGCAAAAUUUACACACAAUAAAAGGCUCAAAUCCCAAGUGCACAAAUCAAUGAGCUUUGACAAAGCCCCAGACCACCGUCACCCCGCUUUGAUUCCUUUUACGUCACUUGCUGACAUCUGAGAUCUUGGCUGGCUUCUAUCUACUGCCUGCCUGCCUCCUCCCCACCCUAGUGUUAGAUCCUCUGGAGUGGGACUCAGUCCACACUUACAUCUUCCAGGACCCAGGAAAGUGCCAAGUCCAGGGUAUUGCAUGGAAAUUCAAGUAGGAAUGUCAAGGGCUGGGUAACCCCAAAGUCUCAAAGAGAGGGAGAUUGGACCCCACCUCCCCAAGAACCACUGCCCAUUCAUUCCGCUUCCCAAAGAACCACUCAUUCAUUGUAAACUCUAGACAAGAAUAAAUAAAUCCAGCGCUUCUGAAGGGGAGGAAGAAAUCAGGGGAGAGCUAGAAUCCUGCCCAAGAAGAGUCCCUGAGAGCCCAGGGGGAAUAGCUGAGCCAGCCCCUUUCCCUACCCCGGUGCCCCCCCCACUUCCUGGAGCCCAGUGGUUGGGUCCUUUAUGAGGCAGGCUUGUGGCACCAGAGACUUGGAGGGUCAGUGGUGAGAGGAGGUGGAGAGUCUCAGGGGAAGGAGCCCCUGGGAGCAGGACCCCCUCCCACGCCAUGGCAAGCGUGGUGGUGAAGACCAUCUGGCAGUCCAAAGAGAUCCACGAGGCUGGGGACCCCCCUGCGGGGGUCGAGAGCCACUCCCAGCUGGUUCCUGAGGCUUCUGGGGGGGUGACCAGCCCGGCCAAGGGGACUGUGAAGAAAAAGAAGGCCGUGUCAUUCCAUGGGGUGGAGCCCCAGAUGUCCCAAGAGCCAAUGCACUGGUGCCUGCACCUCAGACGGUCAUCGGCCUGCACCAACGUGUCACUGCUCAACCUGGCGGCCAUAGAGCCCACUGACUCCUCGGGGACAGACUCAACCGCGGAAGACAGUGGCUCGUACACACAGCCCGUGCCCCCGCCCUCUCCCACCCCACCCUGGGCUCCAGAUGACCCAGACAUCAUAGAAAUACUGAGUGGGGUCAACAGUGGAUUGGUCCGCGCCAAAGACUCCGUGACCAGCUUGAAGGAAAAGGCCACUCGGGUUAACCAGCACGUGCAGACGCUACAGAGUGAGUAUUCUGUGCUGAGCGAGAAUCUGGAGAGAAGGAGGCAAGAGGCAGAAGAACUGGAAAGCUACUGUAGUCAACUCAAGGAGAACUGCCGGAAGGUGACCUGGUCCGUGGAAGAUGCUGAAAUAAAAACCAAUGUCCUGAAGCAGAACUCUGCCCUGCUGGAGGAGAAGCUGCGCCACCUCCAGCAGCGGCUGCAGGAUGAGACGCCACGGAGGCAGGAGGCUGAGCUGCAGGAGCUGGAGAGGCUGGAGGCUGGCCUCUCUUGGCAUGGCCCGGGCCGUGCUGCCCAGCCCCCAGGCUGCUCCGGCCCACCAGGGAGCCCCGACGAUCCCCCGCGGCUGCGCAGCCUGGCCCCAGGUGGCUGGGGAAUGGGGCCUCGGUCAGGGGAGGGCUCCACCGUGACUGAGCAGGAGCUGCAGAAGGUCUCUGCAGGCCUCGAGGAGCUGAGGAGGGAGGUGUCCUCGCUGACCGCCCGAUGGCAUCAGGAGGAGGGGGCCGUGCAGGAGGCCCUGCGGCUGCUCGGCGGCCUGGGCGGCAGGCUCGACAGCUUCCUGGGCCAGUGGGAGCGGGCGCAGCGCGAGCAGGCACAGACGGCGCGGAGCCUGCAGGAAUUAACCGGUCGAGCGGACGAGCUCUGCACAAUGGUGGAGCGGUCAUCAGUGUCUGUGGCUUCACUGAGAAGCGAACUGGAGGGGUUGGGCCCAGUGAAACCAAUUCUGGAGGAGGUGGGACGGCAACUGCAGAGCUCACGAAGAGGGUCGGACCUCUCCGUGAACACGGAUCGGCCCCUCCAAGGCUCCUGUUCCCGCUGUGCCAGCCAGGGGCCACAGUUGUCCACGGAGUCCUUGCAGCAGCUACUGGAGCGCGCACUGACCCCACUAGUGGAUGAGGUGAAGCAGAGGGGCCUGGCUCCCACCUGCCCCAGCUGCCAGAGGCUACACAAGAAGAUACUGCUCCCCCUCCACCCCCAGCCCAGUCCAGCAAGCCCAGCCGUGCCUACACUCCUCUCCCCAGGAGCUGGAGCGCCAGGCCUUGGCCAAACACGUCAGGGCAGAGGCUCUGAGCUCCACCCUUCGGCUGGCCCAAGACGAAGCCUCGCGGGCCAAGAACCUGCUGCUGACGGACAAGAUGAAGCCGGAGUGAGGAAGGAGGCUGAGGGCAUGGGAGGAGGGGAGAAGGUGGCCACUCUGGACUAUUUAUACUUGAAGAUGUGCUCCCUCCAUGAUCAACUCAGCAACCUGCCACUUGAGGGGUCCACAGGAACAAUGGGGGAAGGUAGUGGUGGGGGAACUCCCCCAAAACAUGGGGGCCCAACCCCCAAGCAAUAAACAGCCCCUCGUGCUGGCAUGAA